AUGGUAGAAGAUGUGGCACUGAUAGCCCCCAGUAAUCCCAGUAAUCCUGAAUGGACAAUUGAUACUGGGACCACCAAUCACAUGACUUCUAAUUCUAAGUUAUUGAAUAAGGAUACCAUUAACAAAACAAUAGUUCCUAAAAGAGCUCCAACUACUGCGUUGAACAAUUUGUCUGCUUAUGAAAAAUACUACAAUUGCGUACCUUCUCUAAAUCAUUUAAGUAUACUAGGCUGCUUGUGCUUUGCAAAAGAUUUAACUCAACAUGAUAGAAUGCAAUCCAGAGCUAAAAUUGCAAUACACAUGGGCUAUUCUGAUACACAAAAAGGAUAUGUGAUAUAUGACUUAGCUAAUAAUGUGUUUUUUGUAAACAGAGAUGUAGUGUUCAACGAAGACAUAUUACCAUUCAAAAUAAAAUAUGCUACAUCAAAAUCUUGCAAGGCCAAUGGGGACAUUGAGAGGUUCAAAGCUAGACUAGUGGCUAAAGGAUAUAGUCAAAAAGAAGGUAUUGACUACCAAGAAACCUUUUCACUUAUUGUGAAAAUGGUCCCAGUAAGGACAGUACUGUCAAUUGCUGCAGCUAAGAAAUGGCACAUCCAUGAAAUAAAUGUUUACAAUGCCUUUCUUCAAGGUUAUUUAUAUGAUGAAAUUUAUAUGGAGCUACCAAAGGGAUUUUCCAGUCAUAGGGAGAAAUCAGUGUGCAGACUGAUCAAAUCCCUUUAUGGUUUGAAACAGGCACCAACGCAAUGGAAUGCCAAGUUACCAAAGGCACUUAUCAAGUUUAACUUCAAGCAAAGCCAGUAUGAUCACUCAUUGUUUAUCAAAUGGUCCAAGGCACUGUGA